CCGGCUUGGCCUGGCCUAAUUGGGCCCGGCUUGGCUCGGCCCACGGCUUGAAGCCGGGCCAUGCACAUCACUAGUUGAAUUCCCAUAGCGCAGAUCAUAAUUUGACACUCGAGAGCCUAUACAAACUAACAACGGCUAUUAUAGAUCAAGACAUCGAAUCGUACCCGUGCAUGAGAUUAUAAUGCAGGCGAGCACCUAGCAAGCUACAUAACUCCCCCGCCGCCCAUUCAAAACAUCGAUACGUCAACUGCAAGAUGUAUAACGAAUUUAGUGUGGUUGCUUGGUGGACGUGGCUGCUUGGUAGCACUCGAGGUUUGGAUGGAGGUAUCUUUGGUGGGGAGACCACGGAUAGAGUAGGGAUUGGGGAUUUUGACUUGCUCGUUGGAGGUAUCAUUGCAGUAGCGGGCUGCGUAGGGGCUUUCUUCACCUUUACACCAACAGUAGGGCCUAGGACUAGGUCGGCAUGCCCUCCGCUACGGCGAAAUUCUGAAGCCUUGAACAGAUUCUCACUGUCACCUUCGGCGUCCACGCGCAUGUCGCAGGAACUUGCGAGGGUCAAAAGGCUAGAUGCGGAAACGGAAGAAUCAAAGGUGGAAUUCGAAUUCGAGGACCGGGUGGACUUGCGAGUGUUGCUCUGUCAGGCGUUGAGCGUCGAUAAACUGGAAGCAGAGGGAGAUUUACACAACACAGAGUCGCGUACCGUUGCCGAGAUGUAUCAGGAUGCUUUGGAAUUAGCGUGACUUCCCGUUUUGGUAACACCGCACGACGACAAAAUGCUCGAGCUCGAUGUUGAGGACAGCGAGCUCAAAUAGUUGCCUAAUCCUUCACCCUUUUCACUAGUUCUUUUGAGGGAAAAAAAAUCACCUGUAGCUUAACUAUGCUUACUUUUGGACAACACAACCCUCCUUCCCCACCUUCUCCUCCCCCCACCCUGACCGCUUUUCUGGUAUUUUCUGGACUCUAAUUGAAUAUUUCUGGCUUUGUAGAAGUUCUAAUAUAUUUAUACAAUA